AUGUUCGCAAAGCCCUGGCCUGUUGAAAAUGACUCGAGCCAAAGUUCCCAAGGUGUGAAUCCUAUGCCUCCAAUGCCUGAGCCAGCAAGUGAGCAGCCAGCACCGAGUCAGACGGAAUCAGGUCAUGCAGAUCCCGUGACAGCAACGCCGCUCACCAGUGAUAAUUCCGAGAGAGAGCUAGAAGAGCCUAUCAUGCAGCCGACAACUGUGAUGCCCUGCGACGAGCGAUGCUUCGCCGGCCAUGCCCACAGAGAGGGGUCUUCCAAAAGGGAAACAGCCUCUGGAAGAGAAGAACCUGAUGAAGUUCCAGAUAGAAUGGUCUCUCAUGAAUCCAUAUCACAACCCGAGUCAGAGCAGGAGAACAGCAAUGAACUCCCAGAAUCCGAUGCAACAUCAGACACCAUGUACCUGAUCAGUGAAGACCCUGCCGACAGCCUGGUAGUCUCAGCCGACUGUCCAUUAGCGUGGCGUUGCGAAGUCGAUGUCAAGCUAGAUAGACCACUAGAACAACGGCAACCGACCAAUGAAGAAGCAUGGACGUUUCUGGCGACCAGUGCCAAGAAACAAAGGGGAGUGAUCGGUAGCCUCCAGUAUGCCGCAGUCAACACCCGUCCGGACAUUGCCAGUAAACUUUCCUUUUUGCAAUCUUCCAUUAACAGUGCCAAACGUGUGGUGACUAGCACCCUGUCCGCCGAAACCACCGCGAUGGCAGCAGCUCUUGACCAAUUAGCAUGGCUUAGAUUGUUCUGGGCAUGGCUGAUGGACCCCAAUGUGCAGUGGCGACGACCCGAAGAAGCGUUGUCCAAGCUUGAACCAGCCAUCUCAGCACCAACAAUUCAGGAACAAUGUGAUCUAGCCAUCACUGAUUGCAAGUCAUUGUUUGAUUUAAUCAACCGAACAGCGCCUCCUUCUUGUUCAGAAUUCCGGGUGUCCUUAGUAGCUCGAGCAAUCAAGGAGGCCAUCAAAGAAGGUAUUCAAGGGCGAGGCCGCCCGACCUGGCAUUUGCAGCUGCAUCCGUUUCGAAGUGUGUUCUGCUUCGCCGACAGGGUGUUCGGCUACGCCGGCACCUGGACUUCUCAGUUUUGGCGACAAAAGAAGUAG